AUGCCGGCGGGAGGCUUUUCCGGUAGUCAUGGCGGCACAGAGUUCGAGGCCAAGGUCACUACGGCGGUGAUUAUUUCCUGUAUAAUGGCAGCCACCGGAGGGCUCAUGUUCGGUUACGACAUCGGAGUUUCCGGCGGAGUGACGUCGAUGCCGUCGUUCUUGAAGGAGUUCUUCCCGGUGGUGUACGAGAAAACCCAGCAACACGCCAUGGACGACAGCAAUUACUGUAAAUACGACAAUCACAGCUUACAAUUGUUCACUUCUUCACUCUAUCUCGCGGCCUUAACCGCUACUUUCUUCGCUUCUUACACCACCAGAGUCCUCGGUCGGAAACUCACCAUGCUCAUCGCCGGCGUGUUCUUCAUCGUCGGCACCGUUCUUAACGCCACCGCUGUCAGUCUCCUCAUGCUUAUCCUCGGCCGCCUCGCUCUCGGCUGCGGCGUUGGAUUUGCCAACCAAGCUGUCCCAUUGUUCUUGUCGGAGAUAGCUCCGACGAGGAUUCGUGGAGCCUUGAAUAUCUUGUUUCAAUUUGAUGUCACUGUCGGCAUUCUCUUCGCUAAUCUCAUCAAUUACGGCACAUCCAAGAUUGCAGGUGGAUGGGGAUGGCGGCUGUCAUUAGCUUUAGCUGGCAUUCCGGCAACCUUAUUGACUGUCGGAGCGAUAUUGGUCGACGACACUCCGAACAGCUUGAUCGAACGUGGGCAUUUGGAGAAAGGAAAAACCGUUCUAAGAAAAAUCAGAGGAACAGAGAACAUUGAGCCAGAGUACAUGGAAAUCGUCGAAGCCAGCCGCAUUGCCCAAGAAGUGAAGCACCCAUUUAAGAAUCUUCUCAUGCGGAAAAACCGCCCACCAUUGGUGAUCGCUAUAAUGUUCCAAAUCUUCCAGCAGCUCACAGGAAUCAACGCCAUCAUGUUCUACGCGCCGGUUCUGUUCAACACAUUAGGCUUAGGCAACGACGCGUCGCUAUACUCUGCUGUGAUAACAGGGGCUGUCAAUGUCCUCUCGACAUUGGUAUCAAUUUACUCCGUCGACAAGCUCGGUCGGCGAGUGCUGCUGUUGGAAGCUGGGGUUCAAAUGUUCAUCAGCCAAAUGGUGAUCGCCGUCGUGUUGGGGUUAAACUUGGGGGACAACACGAAUAAAAUGUCGCAGGGGACGGCGAUUGUGGUGGUGCUGAUGGUGUGUACUUUUGUGUCGUCGUUUGCUUGGUCUUGGGGUCCGUUGGGAUGGCUGAUUCCGAGCGAGACGUUCCCGUUGGAGACGAGAUCGGCUGGGCAGAGUGUGGCGGUGUGUAUGAACAUGGUGUUCACGUUCAUCAUAGCUCAGUUGUUUUUGUCGAUGCUGUGCCAUAUGAAGUUUGGGAUUUUCCUGUUCUUUUCUGGGUGGGUGUUGUUAAUGUCGCUGUUCGUGAUCUAUUUGGUGCCGGAGACGAAGGGGGUUCCGAUCGAGGAGAUGACGGAGAGAGUGUGGAAACAGCAUUGGUUUUGGAAGAGAUUUAUGGACGGUGUGGAUGAGGACAGAAAGGGGAAGGAUGUAGUUUAA